GCCAAUUACGUACGUCUAGUAACUAUGUACCGCUGAAUCGGUGCACCCAGCCGUAAAGGAAAGCAUUCAUAUAAUUGUAUGGCCUCACUAGUAUUUUAUUAAUAGAGAAUGCAUAAUAAGUGCAAACUUGUACCCGGUACCUAAUCACGUCAUCGAACUACGUAUAGAUUUUGUUGGUUUGUCGCACUUUCGAGGUCGUGUGCAAACGGUUCUACUUUUUGAUGGUCAUACCGUUUGGGUGCGGUGAACGGGAGAAAGUCGAUCGUGAAGUACUCCGUGACUGUUGGCUCCGUGUUUGAGACUGAAACUGAUCGUCAGAACUACUCAUUUGCAGACGUUUGAAUUCGCUUAACUAUUUGAGGACAGGGGAAAGUACAGGGAGACUUAACGGUGAUUUUAGUGCGAAGUUGUUUUAGCACGAGUUCGGGAACGGGAGUGGUUUACGGACCAUGAUGUUUUCAGCGGAUGGGAAACUGCGUGGCGUGGGAAUAUUGGCGGUGCUGGGCGCGCUAGUCGCACUGCAGUCUGGCACGGUCAGCGGUCAGCCUUUCGUGACUCCUAGUCGGUCGCCGGGACACUCGCCUUUUCCCCCAGCAUCGGUACCACCAUCAGCGUCUUCGGUGUGUGUGCCAGGCUACUGUGAGAAUGGAGGGACAUGUUACGGCGUGCAUGGGAUAGCGGUCUGCGUCUGCCCGUCUUCCUAUGUCGGCAUGCGUUGCCAAGUCUUUGAUGUCUGUGCCAGCAGUCCCUGCAUGAACAGCGGCAAUUGUGAUCUGUCUGUGUUGCCGGGACCCGUUGCUGCUUGGACCUGUGGUUGCUUGGCCGGAUACACAGGCAGCUAUUGUCAAACUGCUACCACCAGCAACACUCAGUGCACAUAUCUUCAGUGUCAAAAUGACGGCACAUGUUACCAUGACCACAUGGGGGCGUACUGUAUCUGCACGGACGAUUACAACGGCCCAAAUUGUGAAAGUGUCCACCAAUGCAACAUGGUGCAGUGCCAGAACGGCGGGAUUUGCAAUGCUGACCAUGGUGAGCCGAUCUGCUUGUGUCCGUCUGGUUGGUGGGGCAGAACGUGCGAAGCUGUUACCCUCACGGACCCCUGUAGCAUCCUGAACCCUUGCCAGAAUGGAGGUACAUGCUACAGCGACAUGAACAUCGUCUACUGCAGCUGCAAUAUGAGCUAUGUUGGAAUCAACUGCGAAUUUGCGGUUUCUGGUGUCCACGUCUGCGAUUCUUCCUCUAAUCCGUGCCAGAAUGGCGCCUCCUGUAUUUCGUAUGGAGACGAUUUUUACUGCCAGUGCUCCUUCGGCUGGUAUGGGCACUACUGUGUUACAUCGAUCUCACCUUGUGCAAAUUACGUUUGUCUGAAUGGCGGGACUUGUUCCCUAACACCGUCCGAUCAUCCGAUUUGUGACUGCCAGCCAGGUUGGCAAGGCAUUGACUGCUCAGACCCAGCAAGUACAGUUGAUCCGUGUGACACCUUCAAUUGUAGUGGGCAUGGGGUCUGUACAAGUUUCCAUACAUAUGCCUUCUGUUUGUGCGACAAUGGAUGGAAUGGAGAUCAUUGCGAAAAUGCAUAUAUGGACCCCUGCUUAUCCAACCCGUGCCUCAAUGGUGGCGAAUGUUAUAGUUACGGUGAGGAUUAUAUUUCCUGCUACUGUUCGGUCGGCUAUGGUGGUGAGAGGUGUGAAACACUAUUCCCCACGUCGUGUGCAGAGCUGCAGUGCUUGAACGGAGGGAUGUGCGACGAUUUCUAUGGUUCACCAUACUGCAUCUGCAGCUCGGGCUGGCUGGGAGUAAAUUGUUCGAUAGCGGAUGCUGCAUGCGAUAACAACCCAUGCCUCAACAAUGGGUCCUGCGAGUCCCUAUGGGGCAUUGCUAUCUGCUCUUGUCCGCCAAGAUUCACAGGUUAUAACUGCGAAACCGAAUUGGACGUACAUGUGUGCGACAGCUGGGUCACCAGCCCGUGUGAGAAUGGUGGAACCUGCCAACGCCUCACGGGUGGCACCUACCUCUGCCGCUGUCCCGUUGGCUUCACGGGGAUUAACUGCUCUAUAUCUAUGUCCCCUUGCAGCUCGAAUCCGUGCCACAAUGGUGGGUCCUGUCGAGUGGAAGCUGGUGACCACGUGGUGUGUGAGUGCACUUAUGGAUACAGCGGUGUCUUCUGUGAGAAUGAAGAUAAUUCUGACUCGUGUCAAACCCAACCUUGCCAGAACGGUGGGACUUGUUACUCUUUUAGUGGUGACUCCUAUAUUUGUCUGUGUUCGUCUGGUUGGACAGGAACAGACUGCCAAACAAUUGCCGGGGAACCGUGUGAUGCAUUCACAUGCUACAAUGGUGGAUCAUGUUACCCGAUGUGGGGAGUCGCUUUCUGUAAUUGUGUUGGAAAUUGGACAGGAUAUCAAUGUGAAACAGCUUAUCAACCGGACUUGUGUGAUACUUAUGCAUGCAAUAAUGGUGGAUAUUGCUACGAGUACAAUGGCAGGGCCUACUGUGACUGUUGGUAUGACUACACAGGAGAGCAUUGUGAAACUGAGAUUGUCGACCCAUGUGACAGUGUGUACUGCCAAAAUGGAGGUUAUUGCUACAGUUAUUAUGGUGUGGCGGAAUGCAGUUGUCUCAGUCAAUGGACCGGCGAACGCUGUGAAACAGAGAUUGUCGACCCAUGUGAUAGUGUGUACUGCCAAAAUGGAGGUUAUUGCUACAGUUGGUAUGGUGUGGCGGAAUGCAGUUGUCUCAGUCAAUGGACCGGCGAACGCUGUGAAACAGAGGUUGCUGACCCGUGUCUAACCUUUAACUGCACAAAUGGCGGCUACUGCCAGAGUAGCUACUCGAAUGACUACGCUUAUUGUCAAUGUCCCCCUGGAACUUUUGGUCUGCAUUGCGAGAUCUUACUGGAUGAUAACUGCGCUGCCGAUUCCUGCGACAAUGGUGGGACAUGCAUUGAUUUAGGCUUUGCUAUAUGCUUAUGCCCUGUAGCCUGGACAGGAUUUCAGUGUGAAUUUGAAAGUCCCUGUGCCUCCUACCCAUGCCAGAAUGGUGGUCUAUGUUUGCCUAGCUAUAGUGCAUCCUUUGAAAACUUCACCUGCGAGUGUGCUUCUGGCUAUGUUGGCCCGACAUGUGCAGAUGAACACCCUUGCACCUCAAGUCCCUGUCAAAAUGGUGGCACCUGCAUUCCUGGCCAGUACCUCGAGGCCGACUUCACGUGCCAAUGCCGUCACCCCUUUAGUGGCCAAACGUGUGAGACACACGUCGACUGUCUGGGUGUGACGUGUUUGAAUAACGGAACCUGUUAUAUCAACGUGCAGAAUGAAGCAAAGUGUAACUGUAUGACAGGCUUUACUGGUACCAGCUGCGAGACAGAUAUAAUUUGUGACUUCGUAUAUUGCCGUAAUGGUGGAACUUGCGUAGGGCACGGCCAAGCCCGUGGAACGUGCAUGUGCCCACAAGGUUACGCCGGUCAAUUCUGCGGGACAGAUCUUGUGUGCGUUGAUGGUGCAUGUCUGAAUGGUGCCACUUGUGUGAACAUUGGAUCUGGACAAUACCAGUGCCAAUGUGCGCCGUAUUUCAGCGGUCGACAAUGUGAAGUUGAUUCCGUCUGUGAAAACAAAAAUUGUUUGAAUGGUGGAACAUGCAAUAACAUUGGUUAUGGUCGAGCUGUGUGUGAAUGCCCUGCAGGCUACUCUGGAACACGAUGUGAAACAGAUCUUGUGUGCGUUGAUGGUGCAUGUCUGAAUGGUGCGACUUGCAUGAACAUUGGAUCUGGACAAUACCAGUGCCAGUGUGCGCAGUAUUUCAGCGGUCGAAAAUGUGAAGUUGAUCUUGUGUGCGUUGAUGGUGCAUGUCUGAAUGGUGCGACUUGCGUGAACAUUGGAUCUGGACAAUACCAGUGCCAAUGUGCUUCGUAUUUCAGCGGUCGAAAAUGUGAAGUUGAUUCGGUCUGUGCCAACAAAAAUUGUUUGAAUGGUGGAACAUGCAAUAACAUUGGGUAUGGCCGAGCUGUGUGUGAAUGCCCUGCAGGCUACUCUGGAACACGAUGUGAAACAGCAAUUGGCUGUGCUGCGAAUGAUAUGUGCGGCAGUCACGGGGCAUGUAAAACCAAUACCAACGGUAAAGCAGUCUGUGUAUGUAAUAACGGCUGGAGCGGAGACUUCUGCAACAAGGAAGAUAACAAGAUUGAUCCAAAUGCACAAACAGGGGACAAACCCGCAUCAGUUGGACUGAUUGUUGGCGGGGCAGCUAUGGGCCUUGUUGCCAUAGUGAUCAUCAUCAUCCUGCUCGCCCUCAUCUACCGGACAGUCCACAAGCGAAGACCACGCACCGCCGAUAAUCCUCAAGCCGGCACAGGGGUCCCCGCCCCCACCCCUCUCUACAACACCCGUUUCUCCAUCCCAGGCUCCCAGAACCAGGCUGGCGGCGGUAUGGCGUAUUACAACGCCAACGACAACACUGUCACUGGGUUGCCAACAGGGGGCGCUGUUGGAGGCGAUGGACUCAAACCGGAGAAGCAACAGCCGGUCUCACUGGAGAACCCCUACGAUCUGCCUGGGCAUGGUGCCAAGGCACCUCAGGAACAGGAUACAGGCUACUCCAACGCGGGGUACCAGCCUGAUCGGCCACCCUCCUACACCAGUCGUCCGACCUCGGCUGAUAUAGAUGAAGGUGGUUACCUUACCCUGCGCGAACAAAAUGCACCGUAAGACAGGGGGUCAUUCUGUGAAGAAAACAAAUGACCAUUGUGGUGUAUACAGGAAAUGUAUCCAUUAGCACCUGUACUACAUUGUAUUACAUUGUAUUACAUUGUAUUACAUUGUAUUACAUUGUAUUACAUUGUACUACAUUGUGUUUAUUCACUGAUUAAUCCAUGUGGUUUAAAGCAAGGUAACAGACAAUUCAGUUUUGCAUGGAACAGGGACCAUUGGGUUACUAGGCAGUAUGAAUUAUACACCCAUCAAAAUAAAUAAGGUAAAAUCUUUCAAGAUUUAUAUUCUGUGUGCGGGAUAAUUGGAGAAAACACUCGUCAAUACACUACAGUGUAAAAUACAAACUAAAGACAAACUGGACAAUCCUUAAAAAGUUGUUUAAGUCAACAUUGUUAAAUGAUUUUUUCUUUUUCAUACAAACUUGUUUUAUUGGUUUGAUGGAUAGCUUGCUUUAUAUACAUGUAAUCACUGUUGGAACAUUCCAUCAUUAAAGGCACAUACGAUCACUUGCUUUUCAUGCAUUUUGUUCAUUUCCAAUAAUAACACCACUCAAAAUGCAAAGAAGAACGUUCACAACGUAACCUAUUAAAGUUUCAGCUCAGUGGAUAUUACGCUUUUCGAGACAAGAGUGAAAAGCCAAGCACAACCUUUUUGAUUGGGAAACACGAUUUUGUCAAUAACACUCUUUGUUCCAAAAAUCAGUCAAUUGACUGAUCGUUGGAAAUCACAUACAUUUCUUGAUUCCUUCUAAAUGAGAGCAAGCUAGACGGAAUCAUUUCACGGGUUGUUUUGUACCAGACUACCAGUACGGUCUUUAAUCCAAGUAAGCUUUUUGAUCAUAAUUUGGUAGGUUACUUUUAGGAUAAAUGCAAAUGAUCCUAUAUGCCUUUGAGGAAUGUAUCGUAGAUUUUCAGAAUCGUAUGUCAAAUAUGUAAUGGGUACAGGGUAGAAAAAAAGUGAACCCCAAAAUGUGUAAAAUAACCAAGAUCUUAAUGAAAAGGCCAGGAAAUCUGCAUGUUGCAGGGAAAAUACUUAUGAUUGCGAUUUUUAAAUGUGCGUGGGUAAUGCUAGAAGCCUAGUUUUGCUACAACUUUUGUAUUUACGCAAGAUUUUAGUACCGUUUUGUUUUUUACAAGAAUUUACUCAUGUUGAUUUUUACUCAGAGACUUGCAGCUUAACUUGAAGAUGGUAUUUUACACAGAUUUUUGCACAGAGCAAUAUGCUGAUUGUUGAAUUAUGGUUUAAAGGAUUUAGAUAUCUGUAUAUAAUUAUUGCGUUAGUGUUUAUUUUGCUUGCUUAUGAGGGAUUUUUAUGUAUUUUUAUAAGGCCAGGUUCGUCGGUACAAGUUUGUGAGGUUGCUGGUCCAGUUUUGUACACUUGUACCGCUUUCUUAAUUACUCCUUUAACCAUGAAUACAAAACAUCUUAUAAACCCCACAGGGAAACUGACCAGGUGCAUUAUAACAAAUAAUGUUGAGUCAAGAAAUGACUGGAGUUGGGUUUGAACCUGGGACCUCUGAAUUGCCGUUCCAGUGCUCUGCCAACUGAGCUAUCAGGUCCUGUGUCGUCAGUUCCCCAUUUUGUCAAUGUAUUUGUUGAAGGGGCGCUACUCAGAAGCCAGAAGCCUGUAUAAUGUCAUGUAGCCAGGGACCACAUUUUAAGUCACAAUGCUAACAACGUUAGCAGUGUUGCAAAACCAGGAAAAAGUAAACAGGGAUCAUUAAUCGAAAACUAAAAUUUUGUUACAAGAUUUUGCAUUACAAAGCCGGAAAUACAUCAGCCUGAAAUGAAAAAUUAGUGAUCAUCCAGUGAAAACAGGUUUACCGACAAAAUUGGAGGGAAAAAAGUCACUAUAUUUUUAUUAUAUCUGAAAUUGACUAUUUUAUACAAAAUCAAUUAUUUUUAUAUUAUGCUUAUAAAUGCAAGUGUAUAUUUUAUUGCGACUGAUAGGCCCUAUUAUGAUUAUUGCGGUGAAUUGUUUUAUUGGCAUGUACAGAUUUAUAUUUCGUAAAUUGAUAUUUUUUCCCUAACGAAUGAGAACAUAAUUAUAUUAGUAGAAUUCUCAAUAUUGUUUUGAAAAUAUUUUUAUACUCAGAACAGUUUGAAAUAGUGGAACUGUUUUUGUAUUGUCCUUGAUACUUAUUAACAGCAUAUAAUGAAAUUAAAGGACGCUUGUAUUCAGAAUUGUAGGCUUUCGCCAUAAUUGAUUAAAACACUGUUUACGGUUUUAUCAGCCAAGCAUGUUAUUACGCUGUAUUAGGUAUUUGAAGGAGCACAGGUCUCGAAAUUAAAGAUGAUUAAAAAUGCAAAAUU